AUAUGUAUUCUGGUAAUUAGUGUAUAAACGAAAAUACCAAAACGCGGUGGAGCAAUGGGCAACUCAGGAUCAUCCUCCGACGAUCCCCGUUAUUCCGCCGCUGCCAGAGCUUUCACUCCCAAGGGAUUGGAAGAUUUGAGAUCGCUCCACGCAUCGCUUGCUGCUCAGUCCGGAACUAAUGCACAAUACGUCUCUCCUGAUGUUUUCAAGGCGUAUAUUGGCAUCGAUGGGCCUUUUGGGGAUAGAAUUUUCGAUUUGGUGACACACAAACGGAAGGAUCAAAGGCUUACUUAUGAAGACCUCGUUAUUGCUAAGGGGACAUAUGAGAAGGGGACUAAGCAGGAGAUCGAAGAGUUCAUUUUCCAACUACUAGAUGUAUCAGAUGAUGGUAUAGUUGGAAGAUCUGAUCUUGAAGUCGUCUUAACUUCAAUGUUCAAUAACCUUUUUCAUGAAGAUGGCUCCGAGCUUAAGCAAAUUGAGGCUUUCAUUGAUUCUGCAAAUCUUACUAGUGAUAGCAUGUCCCUCGAAGAUUUCCAGAAAUGGUGUGCCCAUGUUCCAGCAGUCAGGAAAUAUCUGGGCAGUUUGUUAAAGCCAUCUGAUUCAGGUACUCAGAUACCAAAGUUUCUUAUUCCAGACAAUAUUGAUCGUGGUCAAAUCUUGUUAACAAAGGAAUAUGCUUGGCAUAUUGGUGGAGCACUCUCCCAUCAUGAUUUAGAGGAGUGGAAACUUCUAUAUCACAGUGGCGUUCAUGGACAAAGUUUCAACACAUUUUUGGGCCAUAUGAUAAAAGCACCUACAGUAUUGGUCAUCAAAGAUAAAGAAGGUUGCAUCUAUGGAGGCUAUGCUUCUCAGCCAUGGGAAAGACAUCCUGACUUCUAUGGGGAUAUGAAGUCUUUCAUUUUUCAAUUAUACCCAAAAGCAGCAAGUUUCCGGCCAACUGGAGCCAACCAUAAUAUACAAUGGUGCGCUGUAGGUUUUAGUUCAGAGAGCAUUCCUAAUGGCAUUGGUUUUGGAGGCAAAAUAAACCAUCUAGGCUUGUUCGUAUCAGCAAAUUUUGAUCAGGGCCACACCUUUGAGUGCACUACAUUUGGAAGCCCAUCAUUGUCCAAGACCACCCGAAUAUAUCCAGAGACGAUUGAAUGCUGGGGUGUUGUUCCAGCGGCAGGAGAUGAUAGGCCUGAAGGUCUUAAAGGCACAGUGCUCGACAGGUUUAAGGAGGAUCGUCAUAUGCUUAAUAUGGUCGGACUUGCAAAUUCAAGCGAAUAAAUCUUAUGCACAAAUAUGACCUUGAACAUUGGCAUGUUGAGCCUCAUCACGUAUUUUUCUUAGAUGCCAAAACUUAUAUCCUUGUUCUGCUCAAGGCCUCCCAGUGUGCAAAAUGUUAUGCUGUACUAGAUCAAUUCACGUAUAGAGUACGAGUAUCUUCAUGUAAUUUAAUUGUUCACUUUUGUACGGGUCGAGUUCACAUUGCUUUAUCGUUUA